UCCGGAAACAAGGGACCUUUGGGAAGCGUAGUUCCGGAGCGCCCUGUAAGCCGAGGCACUUCCGCCCCGCAAAACGGAGGCUACGAUCAUGCUUUCGGUCCGGGAGAUGAGUCAGUCCUGGACCCCCAAGACCCCUCCGAGCCUUGUCGCCUUGAGCGUGGGGCUAGUCGCUGCCUAGGCGGCUGCCUUGGGAUGGAGGAGUCGCGGCCGCCGGCGGAGGCUCAGAAGCGGAGGGCGGAAGCCCUGCUUCCCCGCGUACCAAGCAGCACUGCUACGUCCAUCGCUAUGCCUUCUCAGGACUCUGACCUUCCCCAGAAGGAGCAGCUGGAGAAAACGGUCAAGUUUCAGGAGGUGGUGACGUUCAAGGACGUGGCUGUGGUCUUCACCGAGGAGGAGCUGAGGCUGCUGGACUCCGUCCAGAGGAAGCUGUACCGAGACGUGAUGCUGGAGAACUUCCGGAACCUGGUCUCAGUGGGUAUGGCAACCCAGUUGGAGGCAGAAGAAAACCUCUGGAUGAUGGAAAGAGAAACCCAAAGAAACGGGACUUCUGGCAGCAAGAAUCAAAAUGAGGUGGAGCCUCUUCAAAAAGUUGCAUUAAAGUACCUUUCACACGAAGAGCUAUCCUGUUGGCAAAUCUGGAAACAGGUCGCAAAUGAUUUAACCAGGUGUCUUCAGAGGAAGAAUUCCUGGUUCAUACAAGGCGAUUCUGAUCGGGUUUCUGAAAGUGAGAACGAUGUAGUGAAUUAUAAAGGAGAUAGCUCCUGUUAUGCUGAAAAUCAAGAGGUCUUCAAUUUCGAGAGUUCUCGUGCGAAUACGUACCUGAGUAAGUCACAGAAUCAGAGCAGAGGUGAGCAAAUUCAUGUGAAAAAUAACCUGCAUGUCUGUGAAGCCUUCAUGAAGAAAUCACCUCUUAGUGAUCGUAUUAAAGUUGACAUGAAACAGAAACCCCACAAACCUAAUGUCUGUGGGAAAAGCAUGAGCGCUGGCCUCACUCAGCAUUUACCCUGCAGAGAGGAACUCCAUCCAUGUAGUGAGCGUGGAAAAGGCUUCCGUUAUAGCUCAGUGCUUUCAAGUCAGCAGAAUGUCUGCCCAGGAAGGAAGUGCUCCAGUCAGAACUCCCCUCUGCAGACUCAUCAGAGGAACCACCCAGAAGAGGAACUCGCUCAGUAUCAUGACUCCGAAGAUUGUUUUCGUGAGAGCUCUUUCCAUUCUCAGCCUGAUCAUGCAGGAGAGAAGUCCCACAGGUGCAACAGCUGUGGCAAGGGAUUCAGUAGCAGCACAGGUCUUACCAUUCAUUACAGAACUCACACUGGAGAGAAACCUUACAAAUGUGAGGAGUGUGGUAAAUGCUUCAGUCAGAGUUCAAACUUUCAGUGCCAUCAAAGAGUACACACUGAAGAAAAGCCUUACAAAUGUGAAGAGUGUGGUAAGGGCUUUGGUUGGAGUGUAAAUCUUCGUGUUCAUCAGAGGGUCCACAGGGGUGAGAAACCCUAUAAAUGUGAGGAGUGUGGGAAGGGCUUCACUCAGGCUGCCCAUUAUCACAUCCAUCAGAGGGUCCACACUGGGGAGAAACCUUAUAAAUGUGAUGUCUGUGGUAAGGGCUUCAGUCACAAUUCACCAUUAAUAUGCCAUCGGAGGGUUCACACUGGAGAGAAACCAUACAAAUGUGAGGCAUGUGGGAAAGGCUUUACUCGUAACACAGAUCUUCACAUCCAUUUCCGAGUUCACACAGGAGAGAAACCCUACAAAUGUAAGGAGUGUGGGAAGGGCUUCAGUCAGGCUUCAAACCUUCAAGUUCAUCAGAACGUCCACACUGGGGAGAAACGAUUCACAUGUGAAACAUGUGGGAAGGGCUUCAGUCAGUCUUCAAAGCUUCAGACCCACCAGAGAGUCCACACUGGAGAUAAGCCCUACAAAUGUGAUGUAUGUGGUAAGGACUUCAGUUACAGUUCCAAUCUUAAACUGCACCAAGUAAUCCACACUGGAGAAAAACCAUACAAAUGUGAGGAGUGUGGAAAGGGCUUCAGUUGGAGAUCAAAUCUUCAUGCUCAUCAGAGAGUCCACUCAGGAGAGAAACCCUAUAAAUGUGAGGAGUGUGAUAAGAGCUUCAGUCAGGCCAUAGACUUCCGGGUUCAUCAGAGAGUCCACACUGGAGAGAAACCAUACAGAUGUGGUGUAUGUGGUAAGGGCUUUAGUCAGUCCUCUGGUCUUCAGUCCCAUCGGAGAGUCCACACUGGGGAGAAGCCAUACAAAUGUGAUGUCUGUGGAAAGGGCUUUAGGUACAGUUCACAGUUUAUAUACCAUCAGAGGGGCCACACUGGAGAAAAACCUUACAAAUGUGAGGAAUGUGGGAAAGGCUUUGGUAGGAGCUUGAAUCUUCGCCAUCAUCAGAGGGUCCAUACAGGAGAGAAACCCCAUAAGUGUGAGGAGUGUGGUAAGGCCUUUAGUCUGCCCUCAAAUCUUAGAGUCCAUCUGAGCGUUCACAUUAGGGAAAAACUAUUUAAAUGUGAGGAGUGUGGGAAGGGCUUCAGUCAGAGUUCACGUCUUCAGGCCCAUCAGAGAGUUCACACCGGAGAAAAACCAUACAAAUGUAACGUAUGUGGUAAGGACUUCAGUCACCGUUCUCGUCUUACAUGCCAUCAGAAAAUCCACACUGGUAAGGAUCUUUAAGAAUGAGAAAUGUGUUA